AUUUGUAGUCGGUUCUGAUCUAAUUGCAAGUGCAUCUAGUAACUUGGAUUUUUUCGCAAAAAAAAUAUCGGGUGUUCACGCCCGGCCCCUGCGCUUGCAGCUACUGAAGAGACAGGAGCAAAUAGUUAACAGGAGAUGAAUGCCCCUGACCGUUAUGAGCGUUUCGUCGUGCCAGAGGGCACCAAGAAAGUGUCCUAUGAGAGGGAUACAAAGAUUGUGAAUGCUGCAUCAUUCACUGUCGAACGCGAGGAUCACACUGUAGGCAAUAUCCUCCGCAUGCAGUUGCACAGAGACCCAAAUGUUCUCUUUGCCGGGUAUAAGCUCCCUCACCCACUCCAGUACAAGAUCAUUGUUAGGAUCCACACAACGAGCCAGUCCUCCCCGACGCAGGCCUACACCCAGGCUAUCAAUGAUCUAGACAAAGAGCUUGAGUACCUUAAGCAAGCUUUUGAGGAUGAGAAGAACAGGUACGAGGACAGGAUGAAGCAGGGGUUCUAGAUGAAUGGAAUGUUGUGGGAGAUAAACUUCCCGUGUUAGUUUUAUCCUAGGCGAGUCAACAAUGAAAGGAACGCCCAAGAUUGUGAAUGUCUGAUCCCUGAACUGAGGUUGCUUGCUGUCGUUUUACUGUCAUGCUUGUGUCAAUAUCGUAUUAUUGCAAACACACCAAUGGAGUUUUACAUU